AUUGGAUAUUUAGGGUUCUAGGCGACGCCGGCCUUGGCGAGGUAUGUAAUGCGGCUCUCUGAUCGAUAGCAGCUAUGAAUCUCCUACGCAAGGAGAGAUCGCAGCGCUCUCUGCUGCGAAAUUCCGUGCCGGCCGCCCGGCCGCAGGGAUUCGAGUCGCUGGGAGCGUCUCUCUCGCUCGGCAACACCGCAAAUUUCACUUUCCUGGCCAGCAGCGGCGUCGGCAAGGAUGAAUCCAGCUCCAGGCCGGGUGUUCGGUGUGGCGGCAGGGAGGAAUCGCUCGAAAUAAGCUCCAGAUCGAGCGUCCGGGUCAGUGGCACGAAGAAAUCCGUCGAUGGCAGUGACAUUGGAAGAUUUGUGGCGGUUCUUAGCGUUAGCAAAUGGACGGGUGGCAUCAACAAGGAGCUCCAGCACAGAGUUUUGGAGAAGUUUAAUGGCUUGAUACGUCGGCAUUGUGACAGGUUGCCACUGGCUUGCGUCGUCCAGCCGGGGACAGGGAAUUGGGAUUGCGGUGGUACCAACGUCAAAGACAAUGCCUGUCGUGGAAUGGUCGCUCCGGACCCGCACAAGAGAGUUCUCAUACUUAUGAGCGACACAGGCGGUGGUCAUCGUGCUUCUGCCGAAGCCAUCAAAGCUACGUUUGAGCUCGAGUACGGGGACGAAUAUAUUGUAAACAUCGUGGACUUGUGGAAAGAUCACACGCCUUGGCCGUUUAAUCAGGUUCCCAGGACUUACAACUUCCUGGUGAAGCACGAGACGCUCUGGAAGUUUACGUUUCAUGGGACCAGGCCGCGGCUUAUCCAUCAGACGAACUUCGCUGCAACUGGAAUAUUUAUUGCUCGGGAGGUGGCAAAAGGGAUUUUAAAACAUAAGCCGGAUGUUAUUGUCAGCGUCCACCCGCUUAUGCAGCACAUUCCUCUCCGGAUCUUGAAGACGAGAGGUUUACUCGACAGGAUUCCGUUCACCACGGUCAUCACAGACCUGAAUACCUGUCAUCCUACAUGGUUUCACAAGCUGACCACUGUGUGCUUCUGUCCUUCGAAAGAAGUUGCACAGAGAGCACUUAAGGCUGGCUUGAAACAAUCUCAGAUAAGAGUGCAUGGCUUACCCGUUCGGCCUUCAUUUAGCAAGCCUACCCGUUCGAAGGAUGAGCUCCGGAGAGAACUAGGAAUGGAAGAAGAUCUCUCCGCCGUACUGCUGAUGGGGGGUGGCGAAGGGAUGGGUCCCGUUGAAGAGACCGCUCGAGCACUUGGUGACGCUUUGAAAUGUCCGCAUUCAGGCAAACCUUUGGGCCAGCUGAUUGUGAUCUGCGGGCGAAACAAACGGCUCGCGAACAGGCUCAAUGCUGUGGAAUGGUCUAUACCAGUUCAGAUAAGAGGAUUCGAAACGAACAUGCAAGAGUGGAUGGGAGCUUGUGAUUGCAUCAUCACGAAAGCCGGCCCAGGGACAAUUGCAGAAGCUAUGAUUCGAGGUCUGCCUGUGAUAAUCAACGAUUACAUCGCGGGCCAGGAAGUUGGCAACGUUCCAUACGUGGUGGACAACGGCGUUGGCAAGUACUGCGAGAAUCCAAACGAGAUUGCGCUGACUGUGGCCGAGUGGUUUACAACCAAGAGAACAGAGCUGGCUCAAAUGGCCGAGAACGCAUGGAAGCUUGCUCGUCCUGAUGCCGUGUUCAGAAUUGUGCAUGAUCUUGCCGAUCUUGCUCAUCAGAAGGCCCUUUUGACACAGCCUCAGGCGCUGGCUUUCUAGCGAGACUGAGAUUGAGCUGUGGGAAAUUUUCGAAAAUCGAAUUCAGGCGUCGAGGUAUCCUACUUUCUGCA